CAGUACCAGGAGGCUGAGCAGGCUGAGCCUAGAGCCAGCAUGGAGGAGUCAGUGUCUUCGCUGAUGCAGGUGGUCAAGGAGACCUUCCAUGAGAUGGUCGCCCGCUCUGCUGCCACCGUCAUCACCCACCCCUUCCACGUGAUCACCCUGCGCUGUAUGGUGCAGUUCAUCGGCCGUGAGGUCAAGUACAGCGGACUCAUCCCGCGGCUCCUCGGGGACGUCCUGUCCCUCUGGCUCUGCAACAUGCUGGCACACCUCAUUAAUACCUACGCGCUGGAGAACGGGGUCUCAGCCAUGACCGAGAUGAAAAGCUACUCCCAGGCAGUCACUGGG